AUGGGUUCCGAAGAUAACAAUAACGAAGUCAAGAUUAGGGAACUACUUUGUCCAGAUGUUAAGAAGAGGGUGGUAGAGUUUCUUAGAGAUUAUGUGGAUGUGUUUGCUUGGUCUUAUCAAGAUAUGCCAGGUCUAGGUACUGAUAUUAUGGAGCAUAGAUUACCAUUGAAGCCAGAAUGUCCGCCAAUUAAACAUAAGUUGAGAAGAACUCGUCCUGAUAUGGCUACUGAAGAAGAUCAUGUUGGGUAUUUCUUGAAGUUGUUUCAGCGGUUGAGAAAGUUUAAACUCCGCUUGAAUCCUAAUAAGUGUAAUUUCGGUGUCCGCUCAGGAAAGCCGUUGGGUUUUAUUGUCAGCCAGAAAGGUAUUGAAGUAGAUCCUGAUAAAGUCAAAUCCAUUCGAGAAAUGCCUACACCAAAGACUGAAAAAUAA